AAGGAGCCCCAGGACCAAAGUCGCCGCCGCCGUCGCCAUGAAGAAGAAAGUUCUGCUGAUGGGCAAGUCCGGCUCGGGCAAGACGUCCAUGCGCUCCAUCAUCUUCGCCAACUACCUGGCACGCGACACGAUGCGACUGGGACCCACGCUGGACGUGGAGCACUCGCACGUGCGUUUCCUGGGCAACUUGGUGUUGAAUCUGUGGGAUUGCGGCGGUCAGGACGCCUUCUACGAGAACUACUUCGAGAGCCAGCGUGAUCACAUUUUCCGCAGUGUGGAGCUACUGAUCUACGUGUUUGACAUCGAGAGCCGCGAGAUCGACAAAGACAUGGCCCACUUCGACGGCUGCCUGGAGGCCAUCGACCAGAACUCGAGCAAUGCAAAGGUGUUCGUGCUGAUUCACAAGAUGGAUCUUGUCCCCGAGGACCAGCGUGAGCGCGUGUUCAACCAAAAGAAGGAGAUGAUUUUGGCGCGCACGGGCCAGCUCCCUACGGUGUGCUUUGGCACGUCCAUCUGGGACGAAACGCUGUACCGCGCGUGGUCCUCCAUCGUGUACUCGCUGAUCCCGAACAUGCAGGACCUGGAGAAGCACCUGAACAGCUUUUGCUCCAUCUGCAGCGCUGACGAAGUGGUGCUGUUUGAGCGCGCGACGUUCCUCGUGAUCUCGCACGCUACGCACACGAACCACCGAGACAUUCACCGCUUUGAAAAAAUUAGCAACAUUAUCAAGCAGUUCAAGCUGAGCUGCAGCAAGACCCAGGCGCAGUUCCAGGGCAUGGAGGUGCGCAAUUCCAACUUCACGGCUUUCAUCGACUUCUUCACCGCGAACACGUACAUCAUGGUCAUCAUGUCUGACGACUCAAUCCGUAAGUACCUGCAUAACGCCGGUUUAUGGCUGAAGGGCUUCGCUGUUGCUAACAAUCGCCACCUAUUUCGUGUUAUCCGCUGGAGUAGAACCGGCGACGAUUCACCUGAACAUCAAGGCGGCUCGCCCCGUGUUUGAGGAGCACGUGCAGCAGACGAGCUAAGUGACAGCCGCAGGCAACAUUGGCGUGUUAUUAGCAGUGACGCAGCAGAGGUUGCAGUACCCGCAACUCAGAGAGUUAGAAGUCUCGCAAGACGGCAAGAGCACAAAGUAACGCGUGUGAUUGAUGCUAAAUCUAACGGAUGAACAGCUUCUAGUCGAUUCAGAGCAUCUUUAUUUCAUAUAAGCUACUGGGGAGGAGGUGGCGGUGGACUGGAAGACGCGUUGGUUGAAGCCAGCAUGUAUCCUCUGCGACGCAGCGCCCGCAGCACCACCGGCGUGACAGCAAACGUCAGCGGCCACCGGACAGGGGCCAGCACCUUGUACAGCGUGUAGGCGAUGAGAAAGGACCCGGCCGAGUUGGUCGUCGAGUCACUCACCGACGAGGACAAGCCCACCGAGUCCAGAAUGGCCGUCACGUCCACCCCACUCGAGACGCCCACGUAGAUGACGGAGAACGACAGCAGCGAGAGCACAAUGUGCGUGCAGAUGCCCACGCGGCCGUACUCGAUGGCGAAAGUCUUGGCUCGCUGGCGCCACGACUGCGGCUGCGGCUCCUCUCCAGGCUGCUCCAGCUCCUUCUCCGCCUCACUCGCGCCCUGCGUUAACGCAUAAACAUCGUCAUUGUAUGUAGGACUGCGCAGACAGACAGUCAACAAGGCCGCACCUUGACAGGCGUCGAAGCGGAGGAAGACGAAGACGCCGUGUCCCCGCCCGUGAGUGGGGACGUCUCCA